AUCUCAAAAUUUUGUAGUUGACACACCAGAUGGAUCUCUUGAUUUAGAGGUAGCUUUACGAUUUGAACGAAUGAAUGCUGCAGAGAAAUCUACAUCCCGAACUAAAGGUCGACUUACCCGAUGGACAAAUGCAUGCCGAAAAAUACAUAGUGUACCGUUAAAGCUAGCCGCUGAUUAUUUGAUUUUGAUAUUUAUUGAGAAAAAAAAAAUAUUAUUUUUUUAA